AUGGAGGCUUGCUGUUUUACAAAUCAUGAGUCAGUGAAAAAUCAGUUUCAUGUAAAAAUUUUGGUUCUGAAUUCUUCAACUGUGCCUAAAACACUUAAAUAUGGUAAAAUUUGGGAACUUGCCCAACAGGCUGCUCAACUUUCCAUUGAACAAAAUAAUUAUCAAGAGAUGCAAGAAACAACGACUAUACUUACGAAAAAACGUAAUCAAGAAAAUGAAGAGUAUGAUGUUAAUAAAGAAAAUGAAUUUAAUCAAGUCAAAAAUCCAUUAGUAUCUUAA